AUGAGCUGCUACUAUGGCAACUACUAUGGUGGGCUGGGCUAUGGCUAUGGUGGCCUAGGCUGUGGCUAUGGUGGCUAUGGCUGUGGCUAUGGUGGCUAUGGUGGCUAUGGUGGCUAUAGUGGCUAUGGUGGCUAUGGUUAUAGAUGCUGCCGCCCACUCUGCUACAGAAGAUGCUGGUCCAAUGGCUUCUACUGA